CUUAAAUGAGUGAGAGGCAGGGGGCAGAGAGGAGGAGGAGUGACAGAAUGAUAGAGUGAAUUAAUUCAACCUCAGCCAGCCCUGAUUGACUCGGCAACAAACUGGCAUGUACAAGCACUCACAGUGACACCAAAGCCAUGGAGAGAGAAAAGAGGAAUGACACGUCCUUCUCCAGAAAGAGAAGUUUCACUUUUGGGGCAUAUGGAGGUGUGGACAGAUUCACAUGUGGGGAUGAGACAAGACCUGAAUCUGCAGAGGACAAUAUACUAGACAUCCUGGACUCUCCUGCCAGCGAGAGCAAGCGUUUCCUCUCUGCCAGUAGCAACCAGAGGGACACAGAGCUGUUUGAAAUCAUUGAAAAGCUACAGGGCAGCAGGAUCGAUGAGCAGCGGUGUGAAUUCCCUCUACCUCUGAAGUCUCAGCUUUUAACAAUAGGUGGAGAACUGCCGCUCAUUCUCCCUUCAAAGUUGGGGGGCUACUGGAUAGAUCCCCCACUGGAGAGGCUUGUAGAUGUGAGUCCCACCUCUUCACACUAUGGCAUUGAUCCAGAGAGCUAUGACAUCAUGGAAAGAGAUGGAGAGGCCAAAAUAUACCACGAGUUCUUCCGCUCAAGGUACCAUCAUUCAUUCACAGCAGUGGAUCCAUCUCUGGGGCCACUGGUUCUCUCUGUGUGUUUGGAGGAAGAGGAGAAUAAGCUACGAGUGAUACUAAGAAUGAAGGAGUGCUCUUUGAAUGGAGUUUUCUCUGUGUCUCUCUUCCCUAACAUCCCAUCUGCUGUUGAAUUAUCAAAGAUGCUCUGUGACAGAGUCACCGUCUCAAAGUUUGAAGUGGUCAGCUACCUCAAGGCUCCUGAACUCAUAACCGCAUUCGAUGAGCACAGAGUGUCUCCCAAUUUCAAGUUUGGCGUUUUGUACCAAAAGGACGGGCAGUUCACUGAGGAGGACAUACUCAGUAACAAUGAUGAAAGCGAAGAAUUUAAAGAGUUCCUGUCCAUGUUGGGAGAGACAAUUCAGCUUCAAGGAUUUACAGGAUUCAGGGGAGGACUGGAUGUGUGUCAUGGUCAGACAGGAAGCGAAGCAGUCUUCACUUCCUUUCAUGGAAGAGAAAUCAUGUUCCAUGUCGCAACUAAACUGCCUUUCACAGAGGGUGACCCACAGCAGUUGCAAAGAAAAAGGCACAUUGGUAAUGACAUUGUAGCUUUGGUCUACCAGGAGGGCCAAACCCCUUUUCUAUCUGAUGUUAUCAAGUCUCACUUCCUGCAUUGCUUCCUGGUGGUACGGAGGAUUCAGAAGGGGGAGGAGACAGGUGGCGUUGCAUACCAGGUGACAAAAAAACCCGACCACACUGAAUUGAUCAUCCCUGUCAAGAAAAUUGGAGUGUCUGUCACAGCUAGAGAGGAUGUUCCUCCUUUUGGUCCAGUCAUCCCAGAUCCUCCCAUCUUCUCAGAUCGUUCUCUGCUGAGAGAAUUCCUUCUGACCAAGCUCAUCAAUGCAGAGAUCUCCUGUUAUAAAGCUGAGCGCUUCAGCAAAUUAGAGCUCCGGACUCGUUCAUCGCUCCUGGAGAGCCUGCAGGCUGAACUCUCCACCCGUUCCCAGUGCAUGAUGGGUGAUCCAUCACUGUCUGCUCUCCCCUCUUCUGAAGGCGUACGGGGGGCGUCUGAGGGGAGUGGAGGCUUCAUUGAAAACUUUAAGAGAGCCAUCAGAGUGAGGAGCCAUUCUUUUGAGACUCUUGGGGUACCCAGGAAGACUGGUGGCAGUGCAUCACAGAAGCCAAAGACAGAGAAAGAUGGAGAGAGUGACAAAUCUCCAGGACCACUUGCUGACAGUUUGGGACCAGCUGAACUCAAAGAUCAAACAAGUCCUCAAGAGGAGACAUAAAGAGAAAUAUUAAUAUUUAGAUUUUAGACAUGAAUAUACAUAAGGAUAUUGAUAGUCCAUAUGGUUACUGUUUUAUUAUCCAGUUGGAUGACUUCAGUGUAAAUAGAAUGUGAAAGUAAAUAGUAUGUCUGAGAAUAGUAUAAAUAAAUAAAUAGUAUAUAUUUUACUGUCAUAGCAGUGAUAUUCUAGAUUAAUAAGAAUGGUCAAAUUGUAUGAUGUAUAAACUGCAAAGACAACGAGACAAUGAGUUCACUGUUCUGUCAUCAGGCUAAAUAUGACAAAUCGUGUGUGUGUGUGUGUGUGUGUGGUGUGUGUGUGUGUGUGUGUGUGUGUGUGUGUGUGUGUGUGUGUGUGUGUGUGUGUGUGUGUGUGUGUGAUCAGGAAAUUAGUUGUUCUUCAGUGACAGAUGUAAAGACAAGUCAAAGGGAAGGAGACUGAGGUGGGGAACAGCAGCAGAAAUUAAAUUAAAAAAGAUGGGUUUAAUGAUAUCAGGAAAACACGACCAGUGCUUUGUAAAACCAGCUGUUGAGCAAACAUGUUCCACUGACUAAAACUCUUGUUAAAGGUCACAUCCAAAGUAAAGAAUACCGGGAUUAUAAUGUAACAGAAAUAUAUCUGUAAAAAAAUACAAAUAAUUCGUCUUUUAUUUUUUGAUUAAGCCCCUUGCAGCAAAUUUGUAACUUGAGAUAUUGGGCUAUAUAAACAAAAUAUGACUUGAAUUUUACUUGUAUGUGUAAAAUAAGUAUACUAUAUGAACAUAGUUCCU